GCUCCUCCCUUCCCCGCCUCGGGCUCCUCCUGCUUUCGUUGCGGGGUCGCUCGGUCCCUUCGCCCGCCCACCGCCGCGCCUCCGGCGAAUGAAGAAUUUGGACAAAGAAAAGUUUAAUAGUUUCAUAUUUGAGAGAUGUGAAAAUGCCAGCAGUUGAGAGCGAAGCCAAGGCAAAAACUAAGGUUCGUUUUGAAGAAAUAUUCAGGAAUCAUGCUGGUCUAAUUGAGAAAAAGAAAAUUAAAAAGAAACAGUUAAACAUCCCAGAGAAUAUUGUGCUGGAGACAUUAAAAAAUCAUCUGACCAAAGGAAGCGAAAACGAGCCCAUUAUCAACAGCACAUAUAACCCUGAGGAAAGAAGUCCACGGAUCCCAAAACGUACGUUGAGAGAUAAAGCAUCAAUUGAAGAAAAAACAAAUGAUGUUAGCGGAGAGGAAAGCAAGCAAGUUGGGCUUAAGAAGAAGAAAAAGGCAGCCCUACAGAAACAACUUAAUGAGGAAGAAAAGGCAUCUGAAACGAAGUUACACAGUUCUGAAAAACAGAUUCAAGUUUUGACAAAGAAAAAAACAGACAGCAUAUUGCAGGCAGAUGCAGCUCAUUGGAAAGGUGACAGCAACAUAAAAGUUGCCUUGAGUGGACUACGAGACAGAUCUGAAUUAGAUGACGAAGAAGAACAGUUAAUUCAAGCCUAUGAACAGCAAGUGGCUGAGGAAGAAGCAAGUGCAAUUAAGAAAAAAAUAAAAAAGAAACUUAAAGAACAGAUGUCUGAAUUCGUUCCCAGCGCUCAAAGCCAUGAAACAGUAUUGAACAAUGAAGUGAGAAAAAAGAAGAAAAAGAAAAAAGACAUACCGGUUUCCUCUGAAUCUCAAACAAGUGUAAUGUUCUUGUCUGAAUUACAACAUGAGCCAGAGGAAGAAAAUACCAGAAAAAAGAGAUCUUUGGAAAAACCUUUUGUAUCCAAAUCUAAAGAAGGUGAUCUGUUAAUAGAGCAGGAAACGAAAGGCAAAAAGGCAAAAAGAAAAUCCCCAAAAGCUCUAGAAGAAGAUACUGAAAACAUGACAGAAAGUACCUUACAUAUGACUUCUGGGAAUCUUUCAGUGGAAUCAAAACCUGGUUUUGAUGAUAACCUUGUUUUAGGGGUUUACAUCCAUCGAACUGAUCGACUUAAAACUGAUUUUAUGGUAUCCCAUCCAAUGGUUAAGGUUCAUGUGAUUGAUGAGAAAACUGGUUUAUAUGUGAAGAAAGAGAAUAGCAAUCGACAAGUUUCAUCCUUCUAUGAACAAGAGAAAGUGGGGCAUAUUCUUCCUAUUAUGACCCAGCCUUACGAUUUCAGACAGUUUAAAUCAACACUACCAGAAUGGGAGGAGCAAAUAAUAUUCAAUGAACGUUUUAACUAUUUUCUCCAAGAUGCUGAAGGGAGCCCCAAAGUAAUUCUGUUUUUUGAGAUCCUUGAUUUUUUGAGCAUGAAUGAUGCAAAGGCCAACUUUGAUAUUCAAGCUCAGGAAAGCGGCUUUCGGAAAAUCUGUUGGGCAUUUCUAAAGCUUGUUGGUGCAAAUGGAGUUUUGAAUGUUGGUGGAAAAGUACGUCUUCAGUUGUAUUCUCCUCCUCCAAGGACCAGGUCACAACUUCACAUGGUGGAAAUUUAUGACUGGUGGGCAAAGUGUCCCAGAAACAAUUACCCUUCAACAUUGUAUGUGACUGUAAAAGGCAUUAAACUUCCCGAUCACGUAAACCCUUCUUUGCGAUCCAUGAUGGCUAUUCAGCAAGAAUGUCACAGCACAUCAUUCUUGGAUCUACAAAAUGAUAUAUCCAAAACAAUAUUGAAUUCUGGAACUCAGGUGAAAAAGGAAGAACCAUUUAAGUGGUCAAAACUUCCUGGACAGGUGUGUCGAUUGCCAAACAAGUACCUUUUUUCCUUGAAAGCAGGAGAUAUGGGAUGUUUCUGUAUUCGUUUCUCUGAAGAUGGACGGACAUUAGCAGCAGGUUGCGCAGGAAGAGAUGGUUAUCCCGUUAUUUUGUAUGAGAUUCCUUCAGGGUGCUACCUAAGGGAGUUCUAUGGACAUCUGAACAUUGUGUAUGAUCUUUGUUGGUCAAAGGAUAAUCGGCAUCUUCUUACUGCUUCCUCAGAUGGCACUGCAAGAAUGUGGAAAAUUGAAGCCCAGGCUACAUCAGCCACCAAAGUUUUCCCACAUCCUUCAUUUGUCUACACUGCAAAAUCCCACCCAGUAGCUGAGUACCUCGUUGUAACUGGAUGUUACGAUUCUGUGAUUAGAGUCUGGAAUGCAAAAGUAAAGGAAAUUCAUGGGCAGCUUUUACAAGAAUUUGAUGGUCACAAAAGUUUUAUCAAUACUUUGUGUUUUAAUGCUGAAGGAUUUCACAUGUUUUCUGGAGAUGGCACGGGGUUAAUAAUUAUCUGGAAUACUUUUGUUAAAGAAAAUUCUCAGUCACCAAUUCAGCACUGGGGCAUUGAUAAGGAAAUAAAUGAUGGUGACAUUAAAGGAACAGCAAUAAAUUAUUUGGAGGUACAUCCAAAUGGAAGGCGUUUACUUAUCCACACCAAGGAUAGUACUGUAAGAAUUAUGGAUCUUCGAAUCUUAGCUACUAAGAAAUAUAUUGGUGCUACAAACUAUCGAGAAAAAAUUCAUAGCACCUUAACACCAUGUGGAACAUUCCUCUUAUCUGGGAGUGAAGAUGGUGUAGCAUACGUUUGGAAUUUAGAAACAGGUGAUCAGGUAGCUAUGUAUUCUGAUCUUUCUUUCACUUCCCCCCUUCGUGAUGUUGCUUUCCAUCCGCUUGAACAUAUGGUGGCAUUUUGUGCCUUUGGUCAAAACCAGCCAAUCCUUGUAUACAUUUAUGAUUACAAAGUGGCCAAGCAGGGGAUUGAGGCAGUAAAGGAAUUGAGUGGAUCACAACUAACCAAGUCCCCCAGAAGCCCACAGACUCUCAGCAUGUCUGCCGGUUUUCCUACCCAGAAGAAUCCGAUGAUAUCGUCAGCUGACCAAUUUGCAAAUGUUGCAAGAACAUCAGUGAGGAUGCAAAAAGUCAAACAAAAGCUGGAUUCUGUUAUGGCCAGUUCCAGUCCAAUGCUUCCUAGCCAAUCUCUGCUACCACCACACUCCAGAUUAAGACUGACCAACAAUCUAGGCAGCUUCACCCCAAUAGGAAAUGCUUUCAGCCAAACACCAUCAGCCGGACUACAUUUGAACACUAAUUUUAUAGCUUCAUCAUAUGCCAGAGGAGAUGCUAAUUCAAUCUCUGUCCAGGAAACAGUAGUGGCUCUUUAUGACUACACAGCACAUCGAUCAGAUGAGCUAACCAUCCACUGCAAUGACAUUAUCCAAGUGUUGUACAAAGAUAAUGAUAACUGGUGGUUUGGCAGUCUGGCGAAUGGACAGCAAGGAUAUUUUCCAGCCAAUUAUGUGGUUGGAGAAACACAAUAUGAACAACAGCAAUCUAAAGUAUUAGCAGAAGAAUCUACUCUUCCAUCCAAUGAAUUUAUAAAAGUAACAUCACCAGCUGUGCCUGAGAUGCUAGCAGAUACCAGCAAGUUGGGAGACCAAAGAUUUAUUUCAGUGAAUGACACAGACUACCUGGCUGAACAAAUUACAUGUGGGCAAACACAGAAGGGCAUGGAUACAGAGGAUAAGGCAAAUGAUCACAUCCCAUUCAAUGAUGUCGAGGAUGAGCCUAAAAAAACCAGGAAGAAAAGAAAGAAAGGGAUGGUGAAAACUACUAGUAGAAAGGGAACAUCUGAUGAUGGCUUCCAGCCGAACUAUCCAGAAGCAUAGUGUCCAUCAUGUUUGUGGCUGUGAGUUUCAUGGCUUAAAAGUACAUGGAAAAUAAUGGAAUUAUUGCUUAUUUUGAAAUAAUGAUCUCAUAUAUUUGAAAACUUGAAAUAUAUAUAUAUAUAUAUAUAUAUAGACUAACUCUAAACUAAUUUAGAUUUAUCAUGAUGUGGAGAAGCCAAGAAACUAAGGAGAAAAAUAUGUUCUGAAAGUUCCAGUAAAACUCAACAUGAGUUAAAAUUUUUAACAGUGAUUGGGUUUAGGCCAAUUUGGAUAUACCUCGCUAUCUGAAAUUAAUGAAAUAUUUAGAAUUUUAUUAAAGCUCUUCAGGUAACUGAAACAAAGCAGUCCAGUUUUCUAAAAAUUGAAUACCAUUAUGGGUAAAGACAUGAGCUUAAAGUUUUUUAUAAUCUACGAAGGAAAACCAACCAGCUUAAUUGUGAUAGAAACAUUUAUUCUAGAAAGUCUUAAAGAAUGCAAUAUUAAAUACUUGUAUCUGAUUGUGAUGAAGGAGUUUAAACUUAAAAGUUAUCAGUUCAAUGUGAUUUUAUUAUUCCUGCUAUACACUUACAUAAGAUUAGCCACUGCAACAUACUGAAGUGGUUUGAAGAGAACGACUUACAAGAAAACUAUAUUGUAAAAAGGAGUGUCUAUCUCCACCAAGAGUUGGAAGCUUUUUGUAUGUUAACUUUAAAUAAAAAGGUGAUAUAUAUUUUGAUAUAUAUUUUUAAUGUGAACGAAUUUACAAAAUUCUUUUUAUAAAUUUGUAAAGGCAAUUUUUUUCUGCUUUUAAAGCACCAUUGCCCAUUUUUUUUCUACUGUUUAGAAAAAUAAUUUGACAUCUGUAUAUGAGCGAGAUAUGUUUUUAGGCAGCACAUGUUUAUGUUCAGGUGUAACUGUUUUCAAAUUAAAAAGCAUUAAGUUGUGAA